AUGGCAGGACUACCAACCUCUGCAGAUGCAUCCGCUACCACCUCCCUCACAGAUAUCUCGAAGCCUCCUCAACCUAUUGUCGAGGGGGACAACGAGAAGAAGCAAGAGCAAGAGGUCAGCCUGAGUCGCCAAAUCUCCGCAUCCGACAACUCUGUGACCAUCGAGAAAGAUGAGACCCUGGGACGUGAGCUAUCACGCAUCGACACUUCCGAUUAUCCUUCUGCCUUCCCCCUGGCCAUGAUCGUCGUGGCUUUGGCGUGCAGCAUUUUCCUGGUGGCCUUGGAUAUGACCAUUGUCGCUACAGCCAUCCCACGUAUCACCGAUCAGUUCCACAGUCUUGACCAGGUCGGCUGGUAUGGAUCUGCCUUCUUCUUGACCAUCGGCUCGUUCCAAGCAACAUGGGGAAAACUCUACAAAUACUUCCCUUUGAAGAUCUCAUACUUGGCCAGCAUCUUCAUCUUCGAAAUUGGCUCUCUCAUCUGCGCCGUCGCCAACGACUCCACCACGUUGAUCGUUGGCAGAGCCAUCGCAGGUAUGGGCGGAGCCGGUAUUGCCUCAGGAUCUUACACCAUCAUUGCCUUCUCUGCUCCUCCCAAACAGCGACCCGCUUUCACGGGUGUGAUGGGAGCCACCUUUGGCGUCGCCUCGGUCAUUGGCCCUCUCCUGGGUGGUGUCUUCACAGACAACCUCACAUGGCGUUGGUGUUUCUACAUCAAUCUCCCGAUUGGAGGCGCCGCCGGAUUCAUCAUCCUGCUCUUCUUCCGGACGCCCAAAGCUGCACGUCCACAAAGCGCCACACUGAAAGAGAAGCUUCUCCAGAUGGACUUUCCCGGCACAUUCACCAUCAUGGCAGCCAUCGUCUGCUACCUGCUCGCCAUGCAAUGGGGAGGCACUACCAAGUCCUGGUCCGACGGGUCCGUCGUCGCCACUCUCGUCCUGUUCGGCGUCCUGGUUCUUGCCUUCCUGGCCGUCGAAUACUUCCAGGGUGAUCGAGCGCUCUUGCAGGGUCGUCUCCUGAAGGACCGCACCAUUGGUGCCAUGUGUGCAUUCAUCUUCUUCACAGCGGGUACCUUUUUCAUCCUCCUAUACUACCUGCCCAUCUACUUCCAAGCCACUCGCAAUGUUUCAGCCGCCAAGUCCGGCAUCGAUAAUCUCCCUCUUGUUCUGGGUGCCUCUAUCUUCACCGUCAUGUCUGGCGGUCUUCUGACGGUCUGGGGUGAAUACAUCCCCCUCAUGGCGGUCGGCUCUAUCCUUGCUUCUGUUGGCUCUGGCCUGCUCUAUACCCUCGAGAUCGACUCUGGCAGCGGCAAAUGGAUCGGCUAUCAGGCCCUCGUCGGUAUCGGUCUGGGACUGAUCUUCCAGAUCCCGGUGAUUGUCGGCCAAGCCGUCGUCACCCCGUCGGACCUCAGUUCUGUGUCGGCAAUCAUCCUGUUCUUCCAGACCGUCGGCGGUGCCAUCUUCAUUUCCGCCGGCCAGUCGGGCUUCACCAACAAAAUGCUCGAGGAAAUUCCCAAGAGAGCCCCAGGGGUCGAUUCAGGUCUGGUGGUCGCGACCGGCGCCACUGAGUUGAGGAAGGUGUUUGAUGCAGCACAACUGCCGGGUAUUCUGUCUGCUUACAUGGAGGGUCUGCGUGUGCCAUUUGCCAUUGCCAUUGCAUGUGCAUGCGUCACAUUCCUUCUCUCUUUCGCCCCAAGGUGGGAGAGUAUCAAGGGCAAGGUCAAGUUGGACGCAGGCGCCUAA